AUGUCUUCGAGAGGAAGUCAACGCAGGGGCCCAAAUCGCAACAGCGAGAUCGGCGAGCACGGAGAAGAGUUGGGAAUGUGGAAGGAUAUCAAGGACAAGAUCCCCGGCGCCGCAGAUGCGUUUAAUGAGAGCAGUCAACAUGUUUUAGAAAUCCAUAACCAAGAAAAGCUUAUGGCAGAGAAAAGAAAAAAUGGCACUCUCACGGCUGAAGACCACAAUGAGCUUGAUAGGCUCUGUCGUAAGGGGGUAAAACUCAAUGAGUUGGCCAGCCAAAACAUUGCCGAAACUAUCGAGAAGCUUAAGGUAUUACGUGCCGUGCAGAAGGCCAAGGAAGACCAGCAGGAAGCAAACACGUCCCGAGCAGCUGCUCAGCGAGCUAAGGAAUCGGCUGCGGCUGCAUCUUCGCUAUACGACUUUGACGGAGCCGGCGACUCUCCCGUCCCCUCCCCCAACCCCGGCCUACCCCGUCGCAUGGGCGGGGGUAGCAAGGGAGAUCGUGACUCGGUGCCACCAAGGCUAGACCGCUCUACUCCGGCAGCCAAGGCGGGUAGUGCCGAGCCGCAGUCCGGACCAGCAUCCAGUUCCAGUCGGUCUAAACAGACAUUUGCUAAAGAUGACGAAGUAGCGUUUAAGCCGAAGCCGAUGAGCAAUGAACAGACGGACUGGAUACUAGGUAUCGUCCAAGACGUACGUGGUGACGGAAAGUCGAGACGGUAUAGAGUGCUUGAUGCCGAUGUGGAUGAGAAUGGCCACCAGAAGGAUUUCCGUACCAGCGCCAGCAGUAUGAUUCUUAUUCCAAGGGAUGGGACUAUUCUACCACCCUUGGAAACAGGCAAGACGGUAUUAGCGCUCUACCCAAACACAACAACAUUCUAUAAGGCCGAAGUCAUGGGAAUGGACGGCGAUGGAAAAGUUAACCUGAAAUUCGAGGGCGAGGAGAGCAGCAAUACCAUGCAAGCUGUUACUCGUCGACAUGUAGUGGAAUAUCGAGGUUGA